AUGUUUAAGCUGAUGGGAAAUGGCUGCCUAUCGACUGUAGUGGAGCAUCCACAUGAUGACAAUCGGGUGAUCUUCCUAAGCUUCGACCCAUGCCACGUACUAAAAAACGUUCGGAGUCAAUUUCUUGAACGAGAACUGACAGACGGCGUAGGGGACAUCUCUGGCAUAUUUGUCCAAAAGCUGUACGAGCACCAGAAGGACAUGACAGUCAAACUGGCAAGAAACCUAACCAAGAAACAUGUCUACCCUACAAACCUGGAGAAGAUGAAUGUGCUUCGGGCAGUGCAAACAUUCUCUCCACAAGUAAUUGCAGCUAUUGAGCACCUCCAAGAAAACACAGGCGGUGACUCUACCCUCUACGUGUUCAGCAAAGCAAGUUCAACCAUUCACUUUAUGAAGACAAUCAAACGAUGGUUCGAUAUCCAUGAUACCACGUAUGCCGGCAGCGGCCAAAAGAGCCCGAUAUCAAAUACAGACGACCCUCGGCUGCUGUGGCUUGCAAACGAGUUCACCAGCUACAUAGAAGGCAUCCAGGAAAACUCGAAAGCACGGGGAAAGGAUGGUUUCACUUGUGAGACAUUUGAAGCCUUGCGCUUUACGACGAAGUCUACAGUCGAAACUGCACGUUUUCUUCUGCGGAAUGGUGUCAACUGCGUCCUUACGCGGAAGCUGAACAGCGACCCCAUUGAGGCCAUCUUUGGAAGAAUAAGAUUCAUGUGCGGAGGAAAUGACAUGCUCGACGCAAGGGCAGUGACGACUGCGCUUGAUCACAUUAUCAAGUCUGAGACCUCAAUUGGCAAGAAGCUCACAAUACCUUGUGGUGAUGCCGAAGAGCUGGCUGCAGCGCUACCACAGUCUCUGACUGAGGAGUUGAAUGACCUUGCGGAAUACCCAGACACCCCAUCACCCUCUGUCACGUACUCUGGUUUGGUUUAUGUCGCUGGAUACAUCGCCAAGCUAAUAAGUGACUUUGAGUGUGACGCUUGUUCAAUUCUCCUUGAAACGCACGAGAGAAGUGAUCCUCUGUACACGCUUCUACAAAGCCAAGAUUUUAGCAGGCUGCACUAUCCAAAAGCCGAGUUUGUGGCACUGUUGGACAAAAUUGUGUGCUUUUUUGAGAAAGCUAUCCUGCACCUUCCACGGACAAAUGUGCUGGAAGUACUACGAAUCCUCAUUCAGCCACAUCUUGAAAACUCGCCGCUGCUACGUUGUCCAGAAGGCGUCGACAACAGCCACGCGAUAAGGUCUGCCGGCUUGAUUUCCGAGAAGUUUGUCAGAAUACUUCUGAUCAACUACACCCAGAAGAUAACCGACAAGAACGAGAAGUCAAUAACUUAUGCGCACAAGCCAUCCAGGAAACACUUUAGGCUUUGA